AUGAGUGACAACAGAACGAAGUUUUUGAACGUGUUCCCUUCUUUAGUGAAGGAGUUAAGAGACAUCUUGGCUGGCUAUGGUAUGCCAGAAGAGGCAAUCCAAUGGUACGAGAAGUCAUUGAACUACAACUCUGUGGGUGGUAAGUUGAACCGUGGGUUGAGUGUUGUUGAUACAUAUGCGUUGUUGAAGGGUUACAAGAGCGUUGACGAAUUGUCUGAUGAAGAGUACAAGAAGGUUGCUAUUUUGGGUUGGUGUAUUGAGCUUUUGCAAGCGUACUUCUUGGUUGCUGACGACAUGAUGGACAAAUCGAUUACCAGAAGAGGUCAACCAUGCUGGUACAAGGUUCCAAAUGUUGGUGAGAUUGCCAUCAACGAUGCGUUCAUGUUGGAGGGUGCGAUCUACUGUUUGUUGAAGAACCACUUCAGGCAGGAGCCAUACUACGUUGAUAUAUUAGAAUUGUUCCACGACGUUACUUUCCAAACGGAAUUGGGUCAAUUGUUGGACUUGAUAACGGCACCUGAGGACAAGGUCGAUUUGUCCAAGUUUUCGUUGGAGAAGCACUCCUUCAUUGUCAUUUUCAAGACCGCAUACUACUCCUUCUACUUGCCUGUGGCUCUAGCGCUAUACGCUGCCGGGAUCACGGACCCAAGAGACUUGAAGCAGGCCCGCGACGUGCUAAUCCCAUUGGGUGAGUACUUCCAAAUCCAGGACGACUACUUAGACUGUUUCGGUAAGCCUGAGGACAUUGGUAAGAUCGGUACCGAUAUCCAAGACAACAAGUGUUCGUGGGUGAUCAACAUUGCGUUGAAGAAGGCCAGCCCAGAGCAAAGAAAGGUGCUAGACGAGAACUACGGUAGAAAGGAUGCCGAGAAGGAACAAAAGUGCAGAGCUGUUUUCAACGAGUUGGACAUCGAGUCCAUCUACCACGAGUACGAGGAGAAGGUUGCAUCCGAGUUGAGAGCCAAGAUCGCCAACAUCGACGAGUCCCGUGGCUUCAAGGCCGAGGUGCUAACCUUGUUCUUGAACAAGAUCUACCACAGAAAGAAGUAG